AUGGAUGCUCUAAUUGUGAAGAUAAGCGAAUCGGAUGCGGACUCUCAAGCCAUCAUAGCUUCAAUUACGACCCCCUGCAGUGAUCACCAGCGUUGCCCACUGUGGUGCACAGGUGGUCGCGUGGCCACUACGCUUGGUGUGCCUGCACAACUCUUAUCUAUGGUUGUCUCUGAUGAAAGAUUCGGUGAGAAUCCCAAACGUGAGGCCGAAACCAGCAUAUGA